AUGACGACGACGACGACGACGACGACGACGAGAGGAAUUGCGACUUCGGCACCCAGGAUGCUGAGCGUGACGGCUGCGCGGGCGGCGGCGUCACUGACGGCAGAGAAGUACCCCAGCAUCAAGCGCGACCCGCGGUUCGCGACGCUGACGGCGGAGCACGUGGCAUACUUCAAGGAGCUGCUGGGGACGGAGUCGGCCGUGAUCGACGGGGUGUCGGAGGGCACCGGGGUGACGGAGGCGGACAUGGAGCCCUUCAACGAGGACUGGCUACACAAGUACAAGGGCCAGUGUCGGUUGGUGCUGAAGCCCGGGUCGACGGAGGACGUGAGCGGGAUCCUGAGGUACUGCAACGAGCAGAAGCUCGCGGUGGUGCCGCAGGGCGGCAACACGGGGCUGGUGGGCGGGUCGGUGCCGGUCUUUGACGAGAUCGUGGUCAACAUGAGCCGCAUGAACCGGAUCCACUCGUUCGACGAGGUCAGCGGCACGCUGGUGGCCGAGGCCGGGUGCAUCCUGGAGGUGGCGGACAAGUACCUGGCGGAGCGACGGCACGUGUUCCCGCUGGACCUGGGGGCCAAGGGGUCAUGCCACAUCGGCGGCAACGUGGCGACCAACGCGGGCGGGCUGCGACUGCUCCGGUACGGCAGCCUGCACGGCAGCGUGCUGGGGGUGGAGGCGGUGCUGCCGGACGGCAGCGUGAUGAACGACCUGUGCGAGCUGCGCAAGAACAACACCGGCUACGACCUGAAGCAGCUCCACAUCGGGGCCGAGGGGACGAUCGGCAUCGUGACCAAGGUGUCGGUGCAGUGCCCGCAGCGGUCGUCGGCCGUCAACGUGGCCUUCUUCGGGCUCGAGUCGUUCGACAAGGUGCAGCGGGCGUUCCGCGAGGCCAAGUCGCAGCUGUCGGAGAUCCUGUCGGCCUUUGAGCUGAUGGACGCGCAGAGCCAGGACCUGGUGCACCGGGUGCGCGGGGACCGGAAGCGGCCGCUGGACGGCCGCCACCCCUUCUACUGCCUCGUCGAGACGAGCGGGUCCAACGGCGAGCACGACUACGCCAAGCUCGAGGCCUUCCUCGAGGACGUCAUGGCCAACGACGUCAUCUCGGACGGCGUCGUGGCCCAGGACGAGACCCAGGUCCGCGCCCUCUGGAGCUGGCGCGAGGGCAUCCCCGAGUGCCUGGGCCACUGGGGCGGCACGUACAAGUACGACGUCUCCAUCCCCAUCGCCGAGAUGUACGACAUCGUCGACGACGUGGCGGCCCGCCUGGCCGAUGCCGGGCUCGUCGGCGACUCGGACGGCUUCCCCGUAGUCGGCGUCUCCGGCUACGGCCACAUGGGCGACUCCAACCUGCACCUCAACAUCGCCGUGCGCCGCUACGACGAGGCAGUCGAGAAGAUCCUCGAGCCCUACGUCUACGAGUGGAUCGCCAAGCGCCGCGGGAGCAUCAGCGCCGAGCAUGGCCUCGGCGUAGCCAAGAAGAAUUAUGUCCGGUACAGCCGUGAUGAGAGCUCUCUCCGUCUCAUGAAGCAGAUCAAAGAUCUGUACGAUCCGAAUGGAAUCAUGAACCCGUACAAGUACAUCUAG